UACUGCUAAUGUAGACCGGCCGGCAAGGACAACAAUAAGAGCAAUAAGAAUCAGAAUUUCCUGUAGCUAGGAUAUUAGUCUCAACACAUUUCAUAUACUCGCAGUUUGCACCAAAGUUACGAGCAAGAAGAAUGAAUCCUGAAAUCCUUUUUGCCUUGCUUCUUUUCCUUCUCCCUCUAUACUUCCUCCUCACAAGGAGGAGUUCCAAAAGGCUUCCACCUGGUUCUUUAGGUUUACCCAUCAUAGGCCAAACCCUUAGUUUCUUAAAUGCCAUGCGCAAAAAUACAGCAGAAAAAUGGCUUCAGAAUAGAACACGAAAAUAUGGUCCUGUCUCAAAAAUGAACCUAUUUGGGACCCCAACAGUGUUCCUUCAAGGACAGGCUGCAAACAAGUUCAUCUAUACUUGCGAUGGCGACACACUUUCCAGUCAGCAACCAUUGUCAGUAAAAAGGAUUUGCGGGGAGAGGAAUAUAUUCGAAUUGAGUGGCCUUGAGCACAGGCGUGUCAGAGGAGCACUUGUAUCAUUUUUAAAACCUGAAGUGUUAAAGCAAUAUGUUGGUAUGAUGGAUGAACGAAUUAGAAAGCAUUUUGAGAUGCAUUGGCAUGGAAAGCAGAAGGUUAUGGCAAUGCCAUUGAUGAAGACACUUACCUUCAAUCUUAUGAGCUCACUUAUCAUGGGAAUAGAACAAGGUUCAAAAAGAGAUGUACCAGUAAAGCUCUUCCAACAACUGAUGGAGGGUCUUAUAUCAGUACCAAUCAAUUUGCCCUUCACACGCUUCAACCGUAGCCUCCAAGCAAGUGAAAAGAUCAGAGAAAUCGUCAUGGAUCUUAUUCGUGAAAAAAGGGUUGCAUUGGACCAUCAAAAUGCCUCUCCUCAACAAGAUCUAAUCACUAGCUUGCUUAGUCUCCGGAACGAUCACAAUUCUGUAGCAUUAUCUGAUGAGGAAAUUGUGGAUAAUGCUAUUAUUAUAAUGAUAGGUGGCCAUGACACAUCCUCCAUCCUCCUCGCUUUCUUGAUCAGGCUUUUAGCCAAAGAUCCAUCUGUUUAUGCCGGCGUUGUUCAAGAACAAGAAGAGAUUGCCAAGAAUAAGGCCUCCAAUGAGCUCUUAACAUGGGAUGAUCUUGGAAGAAUGAAAUACACAUGGAGAGUAGCUAUGGAGUCUCUAAGGAUGAACCCUCCUGUAUUUUUUUCCUUCAGGAAGGUCCUGAAAGAUUUCAAUUAUGAGGGUUACCUUAUUCCCAAAGGAUGGCAGGUGAUGUGGGCAGCCUGCAUGACACACAUGGAUGGUUCUAUCUUCCCAAAUCCAUCGGAUUUUGAUCCAAAGCAUUUCGAAAGGCAGUCAUCGAUCCCCCCAUAUAGUUUCAUGGGAUUCGGAGGAGGACCUCGAAUAUGUCCUGGAUAUGAAUUUGCAAGACUUGAAACUCUGAUUACAGUACAUUACCUGGUGAACAUGUUCACAUGGAAGCUUUGUUGUCCUGAAAUUUCUUUUUCUAGGGAUCCAAUGCCAACUUUCAAGGAUGGACUAGAGAUAGAAAUCGAGCCAAAGAUUCUUGGAGAAAUCAUCUAAGUGUAUGCUUCUGCAAUAAUGGGAUCUAUUCCCCUCGACCAAAGUUAUAAUUGAUGCUAUUAUUGGACUCUACCCUUUCGCUAAUAUUCUUUCAACCUCUAUGCAAUGCAAAUAAGAAUCCAACUACUGGCGCU